AUGAUGACCUUUGCUGUGCUGAUUCUUAUCCUGACAUUUGGAGCUACCUGUGGACAGCUAUUCCCAAGAGAGGCCAGAGCACCGGCAACACUGGACAUGGCAGAGAUGUCUGUUGAUGAUCAGUACCUGAGCUGCACAAAGAAAAUGUCACAGUUGGUGGAGAACACAUAUCUAGAAAAAGAACGUAAGACUACAAAGGACUUCAAUGCAGCUUGGAGUAAAGGAGAGAAGUGGUGCUCCAGUAAUAAGAAAGGAAAUGAUUUGGGAGAAAUUAAUUACUGCAUUGCCUUGUACGUUUAUACUCUACUUGACCCACCGAUAUAUAAAGAUUUUAAUCGUGCCACUCGUGGUGGAAAAACACAAUACACACGAAAGACAUAUCACUGGUAUUCUCUUCACUUUUUGUUAACACGUGCAGUACAAGUUCUGAAGGAUAGAGAGAAGCAGAGAGGAACUCAAUGCAGAUUAACAUAUCGUGGAAACGGGUUUGAAUUUGUAAAAGAUGUUCAGAACAAAGAGAUUCGAUUUGGCUCUUUCUCAUCCUCCUCCAUUGACCAGAAAGUGGCUAAGGGCUUUGGAGCUGUGUCGUGUUUUGAAAUCACAACAUGCCAUGGUGCAUACAUCGAAGAUUAUUCUGCCAAUCCAGCUCAGGAAGAGGUGCUUAUUCCUUCAUACGAGACCUUUAAAGUAACUGAAAUAUCAACGAGAAAAACAACACCUGACCUCUGGUGCAACACCGUGUAUAAGUUGGAGAGUAGUGGGAUCAAAAGUAACCUGAAGUGUGCAUUGGCGCCAAAGCAGGCAUGA